AUGGCAUUCGAGUUGGAUUUUAGUGGCGGUAAUGUUUCUGUGACGAACACAUUUUACUCGGGACAUUACUGUCCCCCUACAUGCCUGGACACAAACAAUGACGAUGAUUACGCACAGGACUCCAGCAGAGUGCACCAUGAUGCUCUCCACAGGACGCGCUCGGACACCCAGCGCCGCCGGAAGCGCACGACUUUCAGCAAGGCGCAGCUGAGCGAGCUGGAGAGGGCCUUCUCUGUCACACAAUACCCGGACAAUAAAAUGAAGGAGUCUCUUGCUUCCAUAACUAGGCUACCGGAGUCAAAAAUUCAGGUCUGGUUUCAAAAUCGACGCGCACGUUUUUUCAAGAGCAAGAAGCCAACCAGAGAGGUCCCCAAACCCUCCACAGACUACUUUUACCCUCAGUUCUACACAACAUCUUCAAGUCCCCCAUUCCCCCAGCUGGUUCCUUCUUUCCCUCCUACUCCCAGCCCUCCCUCCCCAACAGGCUACCCUGCUCCAAGUUUACCUCAGUCCUCCAGGCUCUCAACCAUCCUGGGGAGUCAGGCCACGUCCCUGCCCACGCCUACAUCCCCUGUCGCUGCCGACCAAGCUACAUCCUGCUCCCCUUAUGGGCCGGGUCUCCCUGGAGUUCCUCAAGACCAUUACUACUACCAAACCCCGAACUUUACUGAUUACUGCCAUGAUGUGUUUCCACACAGCAAGGUCAGUGAAUGGGAUUUAACAGAGGACUUUGAGGCUUUCCUGAGAGACGCACAGGGAUCCCAGCCAGCGCGUAGCAGCUGCACUGCAUUCGGACAUCCUGGACCCAAGCGGAGCAACCAGAGUCAGCUGGACCACCCGGGCUUCUCCAGCACCAACGAGUCUAAGGACGACUUUUCCGAUCUGUGCUUUCAGGACCUGGGCGACUUCAACCUGUCGGAUCUGGACAUUUCUACGGCAAUGAUUGAUUAUCUUUUGGGCUGA